UUUUAAAGAGCAUCGGCGGCCUGUUCGCAUCGGUCCGCCCACUGGUUCAUGCCAGUCGUUCGUGUUUAUUUUUUGCCGACGCAGGUUCGAAAAUGGCCACGGGAGACAUCAGGAACAACCUCAAGAUGCUCAGCGCAGAAAUCCGCAGCGUCAAAACACCGUCGGCUCUCGUAAACCUCGAAGGGAUGAUGGCUGGUGAUGCAGAGGUUUACCUGCCAAUCUACGACUACCUGUUUCAGUGGUAUAGCACACGUUUGGCCAACGAAAUAUUACGGAGAGACCUCAAACUGCCCCCAUACAAGCACAACAGGACAAAGUUUCUCGAAACAAUGUACCUAGUGCUACGAGAGCUCUUCCAAUGGAAACCUCCACUGAGUACUUCACAGUUUUUCUCAUCUGGCUUUGCUGAGAAGAAGAUAAUCAUGUGCAGGGACAUUGUGAAGCUGAUUAAAGAGUACAGCGGCUCCCAGAAGUCAGUGGCUGCCACAAGUCCUGCCAGCGCAGCUGCCAGGCCAAGGGCGCAAAAAGUGCCUGCUGCCAAAUCAAGUGCUGCUAUGUCAAAGGCCGGCUUGCAACCAGCAGCUCCCCCUAAUGGCUCUGUCAGCCGAGACAAACCGCUAUCAUCCAAAGCAGUGCUCAGUGCAAAAAUUGACACACUGCUGCACCAUCUGAUGGAGGUUCAAAGCAGUGUCAAGGCCCUGAAGGAGCAAAUGCUACUGGUCAUGAACCAGACUGAGACCAUGCUGGACCAAGUGCUGCCUGUGGUUACAGAGAUUGUCGACGAACUCUACAAGAAGGAAGCUACAGAUGUUGCCGCCAUUAACAGCGAACUGAGGCAUGAUUUGGACAAGGGUGACAGUGCUGUUCAAGAGGGCAGGGCUGCCUCCGGUGUUGCCGAAGCUAUCACUGUCCGCCCUAAAAGUGCAGUUCUCUUGGAUUAACGACCCAACCAUAGCACAAAGUGCAUGCUAAGUUUACAGAAUUACCUGACGGGCUAGCAACUGCCAUAACACUGGUGUAUUCUUGCACCUCAGCUUUGUGUCGGCAGGAGGAGGCAGCUUUUUUCUGUAAUUAAGUCCAGAUUUCGGUCACACAGCGGUAUAUUUGCAGCAACAAUACGAAUCCUUUGUUGCUUCAGUUUUACAGGAAAACCAAAGUGAAAUACACAAUCUUGUCAUUUUUUUAUAUUUUAAGAAAAUAUACUUUAUCUUUAUUCAAUAAUUUUAUCUUUAUUCAAGUGCCUUUGUGUCCAAAGACAUAAAUAAAAGUAAAUGUUCUUAUUACUAUGCA